AUGAUAACUCUACUAGAUUUCUACCAUGUCAUGACAGCAAUGGUGCCACUCUAUGUUGCCAUGAUCUUAGCUUAUGGAUCAGUGAAAUGGUGGAAAAUAUUCUCACCUGAUCAAUGUUCUGGAAUCAACCGUUUUGUAGCACUUUUCGCUGUUCCACUUCUCUCAUUCCAUUUCAUAGCUUCCAACAAUCCUUACAAAAUGAACCUAAGAUUCUUAGCCGCAGACACACUUCAAAAAAUCAUGAUCCUAACCCUUCUCUUCAUUUGGAGCAAUUUCUCCAAAAGGGGUUCUCUAGAAUGGACAAUAACUCUCUUUUCACUCUCCACUUUACCAAACACCUUGGUCAUGGGAAUCCCUUUACUCAAAGGAAUGUACGGCGAUUUCUCAGGUAGUUUAAUGGUACAAAUCGUUGUUCUUCAAUGUAUAAUCUGGUAUACUAUGAUGCUUUUCAUGUUUGAGUUCAGAGGAGCAAGGUUGUUGAUUUCUGAACAGUUUCCCGACACUGCCGGUUCCAUUGUUUCAAUCCAUGUUGAUUCUGAUGUCAUGUCGUUAGACGGUAGAACACCCUUAGAAACCGAUGCUGAAAUCAAAGAAGAUGGUAAACUUCAUGUUACAGUCAGAAAAUCAAACGCUUCAAGAUCAGAUAUUUACUCUAGAAGAUCACAAGGUCUUUCUUCCAACACUCCUAGGCCUUCUAACCUUACUAACGCAGAGAUUUACUCGCUGCAAUCGUCGAGAAAUCCUACGCCGAGAGGCUCCAGUUUUAACCAUACUGAUUUUUAUUCUAUGAUGGGUGGUGGAAGAAACUCCAACUUUAAUGCUUCUGAUGUUAAUAACUACGGUUUAUCGGCGUCGAGAGGUGUUACUCCGAGACCUUCUAAUUACGAAGAAGAUGCUUCGAAUGCGAAGAAGUUGAAACAUUAUCCGGCGCCUAAUCCGGGAAUGUUUUCUCCUACUAAUAAAAAUAUUGGUUCUAAUGUCAAUGUUAAGAGAAGUAAUGGUCAGAAUCAAAAUCAACAACAGAAACAAGAUGAUCUUCAUAUGUUUGUUUGGAGUUCUAGUGCUUCACCUGUUUCUGAUGUUUUUGGUGGACAUGAAUUUGGUUCUCAUGAUCAGAAAGAAGUUAAAUUGAAUGUGUCUCCAGGGAAAGUGGAGGGUCAUAGAGAAGCUCAAGAGGAUUAUUUGGAGAAAGAUGAAUUCAGCUUUGGCAAUAGAGGAAUGGAAAGGGAAAUGAAUAAUCAACAUGAUCAAGGUGAAAAAAUUGGAGAUGGAAAAUCAAAAGUUAUGCCACCAGCUAGUGUUAUGACAAGGCUUAUAUUGAUUAUGGUUUGGAGAAAACUUAUCAGAAAUCCAAACACUUACUCAAGCUUAAUCGGUCUCGUUUGGUCUCUAGUUUCAUUCAGAUGGAAUAUUGUAAUGCCGGCCAUAAUAGCAAAAUCUAUAGCUAUAUUGUCAGAUGCAGGACUCGGCAUGGCCAUGUUCAGUCUCGGUUUAUUCAUGGCAUUGCAACCAAAAAUCAUAGCAUGUGGAAAUUCCAUAGCAGCUUUUGCUAUGGCUGUGAGAUUCCUUACAGGUCCAGCUGUGAUGGCAGCUGCUUCAUUUGCUGUUGGACUCAAAGGUGUUCUUUUUCAUGUUGCAAUUGUGCAGGCAGCUCUUCCCCAAGGAAUUGUCCCAUUUGUGUUUGCAAAAGAAUAUAAUGUACAUCCUGAUAUUCUAAGCACAGGUGUCAUUUUUGGAAUGUUGAUAGCAUUGCCCAUUACUCUUGUGUACUACAUUUUAAUGGGACUAUGA